AUGGCAUCUGAGUCAAAUUUGUCUAAAGUUGAAGGAAGCACGACCAACCUGGGAGAUGAUACAUUGUUACCACGAAAUAUCCCUCGAGAUCCUACAGCUUCGACCAAGCUAAGGAAGAAACCAUCCAAACCAAAGUCGACCCUGGCAUCAUCUUAUGACUCUUCUCAAUCAACAGCAGCAUCCAAUUCCACUAACACCAGAUCUCAGCAAGAGAAACAAAAGAGGCGAAAGCACAAGAAUUCGAAAUUAGGUUGUCCCAAUUGUAAACAACGACGCGUUAAAUGCUCAGAAGACCUACCGUCGUGUGCAAAUUGUAUAAAACACAAGGUUGAAUGUGGCUAUUUAAGCUACACCAAGGAGGAGAUUGAAGAACUAAAACAAGCCAAACUUGAACGUCUACAAGCAGCAAGUGAACAAAAGGGCGACUCAAAGUCAGAGUCAGAAGAAGUGGAGGAACAAUUGGAGUUCAAUUCAAACAAGAGAGCCUCUUUAGAUGACGGAAAUGGAGAGUCGAGAAAGAGGCUAGCUCCAAACAACUCAAAAAAAUCACUACAGCCCCACAAUAAGCAGAAACUGGUAAAGCUACUGCAUCGAUUAUCCCAGAAUUAUCAUCACCAACGACCCGAUAGCCACUCAAUGUCAAACAGUGCGUCCCAAGCAACAGGUUUAGACACUAAUAUUAUGACGCAUGUGCAAAUACAAGACACUACUCCAAACUUCAACACAAACGGACAAACUGUUAUUCAAAAUUUUGACAACUUGUUAGGACAUGAAUUGGGUGGUCCGGAAAAUUCAAUAAUCUUCCCCGUUUAUCGCAUGAGUGAAAACCAAACCCCUGAAGUCGGUAAUAUUCAAAAUUGUUAUCCUGAUACGGGCCCAUUACCAAGUACGCCAGCAUCAAUGCAACUAUCGAAUGCCUUGCCGGGAGCAAUUCACAAACCUACACUGUUUACAAUCAGUCGAGAUAGAAACCGCAUCAAUUAUGUGAAAGAAAAUGAUGACUUGUUUGCAAAGACAAAUCUGGGAAUUAUUCAAGGUCAGAUGACACUUGAGCCAAUUAGACAUGUCUAUUGGACAUGGUUAAAAUCAUUUGUUGAUCUAGGCACAACUCAUCCAUUGAGAUUUUACUGCUUACUCAACAUCUGUGCCAAUUACUUGAUAUCGGUUUGUUUCGAUGGGUCAUAUGGAUUGUACAGUUUCGGAGGUAGGACAUCUACACCGGUUGAACGACAAAAGGAGUUGGCCCAUAUGCGUCAAACGUGUCUUGUCAAGACAAUACAAUACUAUGAUGAGGUAAUCAAACGAUUAAGAACAAUGUUGGCUGAAAAUAGUCCUGAUCCUGAUGCUGCGUGCACAGUUUCUUACAUGUUGAGUUUGACCUCGAUUUAUGAUCCAGAACGAUCAUUGCAUUCGACAAUUUGUUACCGAGAAGGUCUAUUUGACAUGCUCGAGUACUACAAUAGUAAAAGCCGUCCAGCAGAUACACCAGUUAUUGUGCAAAUUGAAUUAAAGUUAAUGACAAAUAUUAUGAUGACAGGGAAUUUGCCAGCUUACAAUCCCAUGUUCUUAAUUGAAGCUCGUCAAAUGUUGCAUUCAUUUGGUGAUAUUCUAUUCCCAUUGUGUGAAGUUGCAACAGCGUCGGUUGAUUCUGAUCAUCCUCGUAUCCGCACUAGUCAAUUUCUUCAAUUGAAAUACCACCAACUUUUACAUUUUAUCAAUGAAGCCAUCGAUGUCUAUAUACCACAAAUCAAUGACAAGAUAACUAACUUGGAAGUGCAACAGGACUUGUUGUACCAAAUGUUGACUAAAUGGGUUGUUAUUUUCUCUAGUCAAUUAACAUUCCCCACAUCUAGUCAAGGUCCACUUGAGAAAAUCAUGUAUUUGUUUUACAAGUUUGUCAAAAAGGCCCUAUUCACCAUCUUACCCCAUGUCAAGUUUUUUUUCUUGCGCAAUUUUGAUGGACCCAUCUUGUUGGAUGUAUAUGCAAGUGAUGAUUACGCCAUUUAUCAACAAUUGUCACAUCCACCAAAUUUGAAGGUCGAUUCAUCCAUUUACGAACCACAUGUCGAGCAACUAAAAUACAUUGCUGCGUUUUUAAUUCGUGGAUCAACCUAUAUUCGCAAACGACUUGCCAUUUUGUACCCCAUCUUGAUGCGAUUCAUUGCGAUGCAUGAUUUUCAAGGUAGUGAUAUUAACAAAUGGCGGAAAACAAUUCAGGAUAUUACUGCUUUGAGAGCGCAUUUUCUGGAAAAGAUGCAAGUGUUUGAAGUAAAUUUGAACUCAUUUACCAAUGGGUAUAUAAAAAAAUCCAAUUAUCCGUUACCGGGAGAAAAUGGUGAAUUUGAGGAUGCCAAUCUUGGUGAUGAUUACUUAUCGGUUGACUUUACAACGUUGCAGCCUCUGGGUCUUUUGGCUGGUGAUUAUGAUCCUACUUCGGGGUAA